UUCAAUAAAGGUACUUUCUUACUAUUGUGUAGAGAAGUUGGGCAUUGGAAUCAGCACUCUCCGUCACCAUGAGGGCUUUACUUAUAUGCGCUUUUGUUGUUGUUUGUGUAAGUGUUUUGGCAGAACGGUGUAGGGACCUUGCUGACUGUUCAUUAACAGUAUGUCCCUCAAAUUCAAGCCAUAUUGCCUGUCAUGAGGAGAGAUGCACAUGUGAUGCCCACGUUUCCUGUACCGACAUGCUGGACUGUAUGGGAAUUGGUCGUUGUCAUGACCAUGACGAACAUUACCACUGUCUGGACGCUAGAUGUGAAUGCCUCAAGGAUCACGAUCUCCCAGGGGAACAUCAUGGUCCCGGUGGUCCCCACCCCCAUGAUUGAAUGUUUCAGAGAUAAUCAUGGUGGUUAUCAACGUGGUAUUAAUUGUAUUACAAUAAAAAUUUUAAAAAUCAACUACGG